AGAACCACGAGACAAACGUGGAACCUAAUAUUUAUUGUCGGACAGACGCUUCACCAAACCAAUUUUUGUUCUUUUUCGACAAUAUUAGGAUCUCCGGUAUGCCACGUAAUCCCUCUCUCUCUUUGUUUUCAUUCGCUAAUCUUAAUUUGCCGACACUAAUAUACACGCACAAAUUAACUACAACACCAGCAAAACGAACAAAUAUUAUAGUUCACUGAAAUUUCGUUAUCUUGUUCUGAAAUUGAAUGUUUUGGUGUCCUGUUCUUGUGCGCAAUUAUUUGAUCCCUGGUCUUUACGAAUAGGUUAAUAAAGGGUUCUUGAGGGAGAAAUAUUGUUUCCAAUAAAAUAUAAUUCCGGGUUCUGUCUCAUCCGAGCCAGGACCAAUAAUAAGCAUCCAAAGUCCAUUAGUUCAGGAAUCUUGCAAACAAAUUUUUCAAAAUUUGGGUGAAAGAUAGUAGCAGUAGUUCUAAAAGAAAGAAGUCACAAGUGGAGAAACUUUUAUGAGGGGUGGACAGCAGCAGUGAGGAGGGUGUUUCUGAAUGCUGGAUCAAUGAGGAGAAUAUUGGGAUUCGGUAGGACCGGGAUUACCGGGUCCAAGAGCGACAUUUGGCUUUUGGGUGUUUGCUAUCAAGUUGCUCAAGAUGAUGAUAAUGUGAAUUCUUCGUGUUCUGAUCCGACUGAGAGCGAGGGUUUUGCUGCUUUUGUUGAUGAUUUUGCAUCGCGGAUUUUGAUCACAUACAGGAAAGGGUUUUUACCUAUUGGAGAUUUGAAGUAUACUACUGAUGUCAAUUGGGGUUGCAUGAUUCGAAGCAGUCAGAUGCUUGUUGCUCAGGCAUUCCUCAUUCAUAGAUUAGGAAGAUCUUGGAGGAAAUCUCUGCAUAAGCCACUCGAUCAAAGUUAUAUCGAAAUAUUGCAUCUUUUUGGGGAUUCUGAGGACUCACCGUACUCUAUCCACAAUCUUCUCCAAGCUGGAAAAGCUUAUGGCCUUGCUCCGGGAUCAUGGGUAGGCCCAUAUGCCAUGUGCCGCACCUGGGAAAUUUUGCUCCGUAGUAAGAGGGAUGGGACUGAAUAUGGAGAGUUGUCUAAUCUUAUGGCUAUACAUGUGGUUUCUGGUGAUGAAGAUGGGGAAAGAGGUGGAGCUCCUGUUCUUUGCGUUGAUGAUAUUUCACAAAACAUUUUUGAGUUUUCUAGAGGCCAAGCCGAUUGGACUCCUAUCCUCUUGUUAGUUCCAUUGGUUUUAGGACUGGACAAAAUCAACCCAAGGUAUCUUCCUCUAUUGAGUGCAACAUUCGCAUUUCCGCAAAGCCUUGGUCUUUUGGGUGGCAGACCUGGUGCUUCAACAUACAUAGUUGGGGUGCAAGAUGAGAAAGCAUUUUAUCUUGAUCCACAUGAAGUUCAGCAGGUUCUCAAUAUUAAACUGGAUAAUGUAGACAUUGAUACUUCGUCUUAUCAUUGCAAUGUUGUGCGGCACAUGCCUCUGGAUUCAGUCGACCCAUCCUUGGCGAUUGGAUUUUACUGCAGGGACAAAAAUGAUUUCGAUGAUUUUUGUUUACGCACAUCAGAGCUAAUCAGUCAAUCGAAUGGUGCUCCAUUAUUUACAAUAACCGAGACCAGAAGCUCUCCAAAGCCAGGCGGUCACGAUGGCAAGUUGCAGGAUAAUGCUGGUAGUCAAGAUUAUUUUCCCACUGGCGAUUCAGAGGAUUGUGCUCAAGAAGACGACUGGCAAUUCCUCUAACCUGAUUAAUGCCAUGUUCCAUGACGCUUCAGAUAUAGAAGAAACCUGUAUAUAAUCUUUUAGUUUGUAAAUUUGUUUAUUUAACCUGCACCAUAAAUUUAUUCUUCGAAAAUCUUUUCCCUUCCAAUUUCAUGUUUGUAAACUAAAUCUUAAUUUUUUGGAAAUUUAAGUUGUGAGGUUAUGCAGUGGGCAUUCUUUUCA